GUGUAUCAGUUUAUUGAAGGCAAUCAAAGUUUAAAAUAAGUGAACAUGCCAACAAACGUACCAAUACAAACAUCUUCUCCAGUAGCUCAGUUAGUAACUUGCCAACCAAAAAUCAAACCAUACCGGAAAGCGGCAAUUAUUACCGGCCUUAUCCAGAUUGCUCUAUCAGCGCUAUCCUUUGCAUUUGGUGUGGCUUCCAUUUUUUCAGGUUAUUUUGCUGUGAAUAUUGCACUUCCCGUUUGGGGUGCACUUGGGUUCUACCUGAUGGCCGGAUGUCUUGGAGUGAUUGCAGGAUAUUUAAAAGAAAAAAAUGCAUGUGUUAUUGUGUGUUGUUUGGUGAUGUCAAUACUUGCAGCUGUAACUGCCUUGGCCCAUGCUACUAUUGGAAGUAUUUCGGCGGCGCAUGGUUCUUUUGUUUAUACUCCAGAAGGGUAUUUUGUUGUCAGCAUUCUGAGUGUCCUAGUUGCAGUGAUUGAACUUGCCACAGCCAUUGUUACAUCAGUAUUAAUGUGUUGUGAGAUAGACGGUCACAAUGAGACCUGUUGUUGCUGUCUCCAGCCGCAACCAAAUAUUAUCGGCCAGCCUCAAUAUGUACCUUAUGUUGUUCAACCUGGUCAAGUUUUCAGCAGAGGUCAAAUUCAGGUUCAGAGAUAUCAGCAGCAGCCGUUUGUUGGGCAUCCUGUUGUCAUUGGUCAGCCACAGGUUGUGGGUCACCCACAUAUGGCUGGUCAACCACAAGUCAUUUGUCAGUCACAGAUUGUGGGUCAGCCAAAUGUCGCUGGUCAACCACAAGUCAUUGGUCGGUCACAGAUUGUGGGUCAGCCAAAUGUGACUGGUCAACCACAAGUCAUUGGUCAGCCGCAGAUUGUGGGUCAAUCACAAGGUAUUGGUCAGUCACAGGUUGUGGGUCAACCAAAUGGGGCUGUUCAACCACAAGUCAUGGAUCAGCCGCAUGAUGUGGGUCAGCCACCAGUCGUGAGUCAACUACAGUUCACUGGUCAACCACAGCAAAAUGUAGAGUAUAUGGGCCAAGCCUCUGGACAGAUGCCUGUCUGCACUGAACAAGAGAGAAAUUAA